AUGUCAAGGCUACAAAAAUCGCUGGCGGUGGACGCGGCGCGCGGCUGGCUGUUCGCAGCGGGCGGCGGCAGCGUGUGGCGCGCGCGGCUGGACGGCUCGCGCCGCCGCCUGCUGCACAACGGCACCGCCGUCGGCGACGUCGCGCUCGACCUGCAGAAAGCGGAGGUGUACUGGACAGACACGUGGGAAGGCAGCGUGUGGUGCGCGCGCUACGACGGCUCGCGCGCGCGGCGAGCGGCACGCAUUGCCGCCGCGGCGCUGGCCGUGCACGCCGGCCGCCUCUACUGGCUCGACCCGGCGCUGCGCGGAGGCAGCGUGGUGUCGGCGCCGCUGGGCAACCUGAGCGACCACACCGUGCUCGUCGACAACGCGGGCAGCAGCCUCAAGGACAUCCUGGUGUGGUCCCGCGCCGCCCAAACGUUCCCAUCUAACUUGACCCACGCCACAACCGAAGCGAGCAACGCGCUGGACUUGGACUUGGACACCGGCGCCGACUUGGACUUGGACCCCGACGUGGCGGCGGGCGACGCGGCGUGGAGCACGUGCGGCGGCGGCGGCGGCUGCGAGGCGCUGUGCCUGUUCGGCGGCCGCGCGCGCUGCGUGUGCCCGCACGGCGAGCUCGCGCCCAACGGGAAGAACUGCACGCCGUACAAGUCGUUCAUAAUGUACUCGCGCGUGACGAAGAUCGACAGCAUCCACCUGACGGACGAGCGCGACCUCAACUCGCCCUACCCGCCCAUACAGGACAAGGAGCUGAUGCGCAACGCCAUCGCGCUGGCGUACUCGUACAACGCGUCGCGCGUGUUCUACUCCGACAUCCAGCGCGGCGCCAUCCACAGCGCGCGCUUCGACGGCUCCGACCACCGCGUGCUGCUCGAGCAGGUGGGCGCGGUGGAAGGACUGGUGUACGACUGGACGACGGACACGCUGUACUGGACGUGCGCCAGCGCCGCCGCCCUGCGCGCCGCGCGCCUGGCGCCCGAGGGGGGAGGGGCUCCCCGCGCGCGCACCGUGCUGCGACUGCGGCACGACGACCGCCCGCGCGGCAUCGACAUAGACCCCUGCGAGAAACGCGUGUACUGGACGAACUGGCGCGCCAACAAGCCGUGCAUCGAGCGCGCGCUGACGUCGGGCGGCGCGCGCGCGGCCAUCAUCUCGUCGCGCGUGCUCAUGCCCAACGCGCUGGCGCUGGACCGCGCCGCGCGCCGCCUGUACUGGGCCGACGCGCGCCUGGACAAGAUCGAGCGCGCGCACCUGGACGGCUCGCACCGGCAGCUGGUGACGCAGGACCGCGCCUCGCACCCGUUCGCGCUGGCCGUGGCCGGCGACUGGCUGGUGUGGACGGACUGGGUGGCGCGCGGCGUGUUCCGCGCGCACAAGCUGCGCGGCGGCACCGAGGCGCUGCGCCGCGACGUGCCGCGCCCCAUGGGCGUCGUCGCCGUCGGCCCGCAGCACGCCGCCUGCUCGUCGGACCCGUGCGCGGUGCUGAACGGCGGCUGCGCGGAGGAGUGCCACUCCGAGGGCGGAGUAGCGCGCUGCGCGUGCGGCGCGGGCCGCGUGCUGGCGGCGGACGGGCGCGCGUGCGGCGCGGCGGGCGGCGCGUGCGGCGCGCGCUGGGCGUGCGCGGAGGGCCCGUGCGUGCCGCAGGCGCUGGUGUGCGACGGCGUGCCGCACUGCAGCGCCGAGCCCGACGCCAGCGACGAGGACCUCUACUACUGCAGUGAGUGA